CCUCAGUCUUACCUGUUCCUCAGUCCAGCGGUGUCCUGCUUUCACUGGCCGUCUGCAGUCUCUGGUCAUCUCCUGUUCUAUAUACACAGUCUCUGGUCAUCUCCUGUACUAUGUCUGCAGUCUUUGGUCAUCUCUUAUACUAUGUCUGCAGUCUCUGGUCAUUUCUUAUACUAUGUACGUAGUCUCUGGUCAUCUCCUGUACUAUGUCCGCAGUCUCUGAUCAUCAUCUCCUCUACUAUGUCCGCAGUCUCUGGUCAUCUCCUGUACUAUGUCUGCAGUCUCUGGUUAUCUCCCGUACUGUGUCUGCAGUCUCUGGUCAUCUCCUGUACUGUGUCCGCAGUCUCUGGUCAUCUCCCGUACUAUGUCCGCAGUCUCUGGUCAUCUCCCGUACUAUGUCUGCAGUCUCUGGUCAUUUCCUGUACUAUGUCUGCAGUCUUUGGUCAUUUCUUUACUAUGUCUGCAGUCUCUGGUCAUCUCCUGUAGUAUGUCCGCAGUCUUUGGUCAUCUCCUGUUCUAUGUCCACAGUCUCUGGUCAUCUCCUGUAUAAAUGUCUUCAGUCUCUGGUCAUCUCCUGUACUAUGUCUGCAGUCUCUGGUCAUUUCCUGUACUAUGUCUGCAGUCUCUGGUCAUGUCCUG